AUGUCGUUCGCCCCGCCUUCCGGGCCUCCCCCGCCCUCGGUACCUGAGGGAUGGAAAGCGCAGUAUGAUGAUCGUUACCACGCUUGGUUCUAUGUGGACCUUGCCACGGGCAAAUCGCAAUGGGACCGUCCUGAAGCCCCCCCGCCGCGCGGUGACGGUAAUUACACACCCAAUUCUCUCCCGCCAUCAUAUAGCAAUGCUGGGCCUGGCGACCCAGCAGCACUAGCCAGGGCAGGAGACCAGAAGCAACACAUGGGAUCAAAUAACCCCUAUAACCCUUCAACAAAUACUGGCCCCGGCAACGCCAGCCCUCAUAUGAUCGACGAAGAUGCACGGCUUGCUGCCAAGCUCCAAGCCGAGGAAGAUGCCCGGGCCGGUACACGAGGACCCGGAGCCGGACCAGGAGAUCGUGGCGCGUCAUCAGACUACUACAACAAUGCCUCGCGGCCACAGUCCACCGGCCCAGGGGGAUAUGCGGCGGCCUCGACAUCGCAUAGCCCGAUGCCUGAGCAGGAACAGAAGCGCAGCAAGGGUGGAUUUUUGAGCAAGCUGAUGGGCAAGAGUUCAAGCGGCAGGUCGCCUCGGCCGCAGCAACAGUACGCCUCGUAUGCCCAGCAAGGUCCUCCUCCUGGUGCAUACUACGGCGGUGGUGGCUAUCCUCCGCAGCAUGGCCCCCAGCCUGGAUAUGGAGGAGGAUAUGGAGGAUACCCGCAGCAGGGUGGAUAUUACCAGCAGCAACCGCCUCGCAGACAAGGUGGAGGAGGUAUGGGGACUGCCGGCGCUGCUGCUUUGGGUGUUGGUGGCGGUUUACUUGGCGGUAUGCUGAUUGCUGAUGCUAUUGAUGAUCAUCAUGACAACGACGAUUAUGGUGGCGGUGGUGGUGAUGAUUAUGGUGGUGGUGAUGACUUCGGAGGAGGCGACUUUUAA